AGGCACUGGGGGCCUCCGUGGACCCGCUAUUGGAGUGAAAUGGCCUGGAUGAAAUUGGGUGGACAGGGUGCUGCCUCAGCAGGCUGGGAUGUGCUGGGCUGUCAGAAAGUGCUCAUAAAUAGCAUGCCCCUUGCGAAAGCAGGCGAGUCUGCAGACGGCCGUGGAUCCUCUGUUCUUCCCGAGGCUACAGCAACAGCCAGAGGUAUUCCUGGGGAGAUGGCGGAACAGCAUGGAGCACCUGAGCAGGCUGCAGCUGGCAAGAGCCAUGGAGGCCUUGGGGGCAGCUACAAGGUGAUCGUGUACGAACUAGAGAACUUCCAAGGCAAACGCUGCGAGCUUUCGGCUGAGUGCCCCAGCCUGACCGACAGCCUGCUGGAGAAGGUGGGCUCCAUCCAAGUGGAGUCCGGGCCGUGGCUGGGAUUUGAGUCUAGGGCCUUCCGCGGGGAGCAGUUUGUUCUGGAGAAGGGGGAUUAUCCUCGCUGGGAUGCCUGGUCCAACAGCCGUAAUAGUGACAGCCUCCUGUCCCUCCGGCCUCUGAACAUUGAUAGCCCAGAUCACAAGCUUCAUCUGUUUGAGAACCCAGCUUUCAGUGGCCGCAAGAUGGAGAUAGUGGAUGAUGACGUGCCCAGCCUUUGGGCUCAUGGCUUCCAGGACCGUGUGGCGAGUGUCUGCGCCAUCAAUGGGACGUGGGUUGGCUAUGAGUUUCCCGGCUACCGUGGGCGCCAGUACGUGUUUGAGCGGGGCGAGUACCGCCACUGGAAUGAGUGGAACGCCAGCCAGCCGCAGCUGCAGUCUGUGCGCCGCAUCCGCGACCAGAAGUGGCACAAGCGGGGCUGCUUCCUCAGCAGCUGAAAGGCACCCAGACCUCAAAGACCCAGACCCACGCUGCGGGGGCUGCAAGGGCAAGAAGAGGAGGCUCCAGGGCUGGGGCGAGGGCCGACCUGUCCACCCUUCCCUGGAAUCUCCUCAAUAAAGCCUGGGGUUGGUCCCCCGCCUGCCA